UAUGGUACUCAACCCGGAUCGAAACCAAAAUCUUUUUAAACCCUUGCAACUCAUCUCGCCACACCAAUUCUCUCACUUCUCAGUUCUCACAUCAAUCAACUGAAAAUACCCAUUAACGCCGCCGUGUAAGCACAACACACGAAGAUGAGAGAGAAAAUGGGGAAGAAGAGAUCAAGAGAACGCACUCUCAAUCCACACCCUUUUCUCGCCGAACAUCCCACCGCUGUUUCCAAAAACCGCACUAAACCUCCCAAACGCCACCAACAGCAAGAACAGAUGAUUUCCACCAGUUUGAGCGACAAAAUCCUUAAGGAAGCGUUUAAACAGCAGAAGGAAAUUGUUGAUGAAGAAAACGAAGAGCAAAACCCUGCUAUUCUUAAUUUAUCUGCUGUUCAACUUCCACUGCAUGAUGAGGAAGAAGACAUUGAUGAUUUUGCUGGUUUCUCCGAGACACAAAGCCAGUUUAAUGAUUACGAGGAUCAGAUCAAUGAAGAGGAUGAGAACUUGCUGGAGGCUUUUUUAUCGAAGGAUGCAGGUCCACAGCGCACACUUGGGGAUGUUGUUGCUGCUCGUAUCAAAGAACAAGAUGCUACCGUGUCCUCUGAAGUGAGACCAAUGCCCAAAUUGGAUAACAAUGUUAUAGAGCAUUACAAGACGAUGGGGAAGCUUUUAAGUACCUAUACUACAGGAAAGUUACCAAAAGGAUUUAAACAUAUCCCUGCUAUGGCGUGUUGGGAAGAGAUCCUAUAUUUGACUGAACCUGAAAAAUGGUCCCCAUGUGCGGUAUACCAGGCUACUAGAAUUUUUGCUUCUAACAUGAAUAGGAAGAAGGCGGAAAAGUUUUACAAGUUCGUGCUUCUUCCUCGAGUGAGGGAAGAUAUCAGAAAACAUAAAAGGUUGCAUUUUGAGUUAUAUCAAACUUUGAAGAAAGCUCUGUACAAGCCAGCUGCUUUCAACAAAGGGAUCUUAUUUCCCCUUUUUAAGUCUGGAAAUUGUAAUCUUCGGGAAGCAGUCAUUUUAGGUAGUGUGAUCCAAAAAAUGUCCAUUCCACCAGCUCAUUCAAGUGUUGCAUUGUUGAGGCUAGCUGAGAUGGAUUACUGUGGGACUACCAGCUAUAUAAUCAAGAUAUUCAUUGACAAGAAGUAUGCUUUGCCUUAUCGUGUGCUUGAUGCUUUGGUUGGUCAUUUCAUGAGAUUCCUUGAAGACUCAAGGGUAAUGCCUGUAAUCUGGCAUCAGACUCUUCUUGCUUUUAUUCAAAGAUACAAACAUGAAUUAAGGAAGGAAGACAAAGAAAAUCUUAAUACAUUAAUGCAACAACAAAGACACUAUUUGGUAACACCCGAGAUUUUAAGAGAGCUGAAUAAUAGCCGUAACCGUGGUGAAAAAGAGGAUGAAAAUAUGUUGUGCUCUCCAGUAUCUGUUAUUAAUAAAACGAUUGAGGAGGACAGAUUUGAUAUUCCAGAAGUGCCAAUGGAAGAGGAUGACUAGACAAGCUGGUAAUCUGACCUUGCCCUUCUCGUGCCCUUGUGCGAGCUUGAUCAUCCAAGCACGAUGAUUCUUCUGCUGGCUGGUUAGUGACCUGUGUAUGUAGAGUCACUCAAAUACAAUGUAACUACACCUGAAGGCUCGAUAUGAACCGAUUAUUGGCAUUCGUGGAACAUACUUCUCUAUACUAUGCACGCAUUCUGUCAGAGGGCAUAUGUUAUCAGUUUUGCAGUCAAUACUCCUAAGACGAGGAGCUGAGUUUUGUUUUGCUGUCAUUUCUAUAGUUUUCUUUUUUUGGGUAGUUUUGCUUGUAUUCUCAUUUUCUAUGUAUGAUGGCUGUUUGAACAACAUAUGUGCGAAGGAUACUCAGAGCAAUGCAAGUCUCCUAAGCUUGUUUUCAAUC